UGAUGUGCUCAAGCAUCAAUCGAUGACGCCGGAGCGAGGAAGGAAUGCAUUGCCAUGCUCGCCGCGUGGUUUACUGGGGGGAAAAGCGAGAAGGACACAGUCAAGUCACUUGCCCGUCUUCCGGUGAUACAGACCUUCUACGGAAAGAUUACUUCUCUAAAAGGAAAGGGGAGACAGACAGAGAGUAGAGGAAGAAAAGGAGAGCAACGCAUGCGCGGUGCUGUCGUGGUCGUGUAUGUGGUGCUGCCACACUGCCAUACGUUGCCUUGGACAACAUGUGAAGAAGAAACCACUUUAGACAUGGCGGCGUGGCAAGCAGUAAAUCGGUACGUCACCUCGUAGGCGGAUGCCACUCUCCCAGCCCUAGGGUUGUUGUCAGCACUGUGGGCUCGGUGUCAUCACCUGCCAGGAUUGUAAUUCCUGUGUCCAAGGAGCGGAGUGGCGGCUGGAGUGUCGGUCAACAAGACGGACGCUGCCAUCGCGGGCUUGACUGCGUUGUGUCCGUAUGAUGCAUGAUUUGGCAUGUACACUACCUCGCUCUGGCCCCCCUCGCCAUGAUGUGCUACAAGACACUCUGCACCAUCGUCGCCAGCUGCAACUUCUCCAUUAUCGUCAUCAUUUCCCUUCUCUCAGCCAAGCACUUUCUCACAGCUCGUGCGCUGGAUGAAGUCAAAAUUGGCGGCAUCUUUGACAAGAACUCUGUACAGGUAUUGACUGCUUUCCUACAUGAAGUACAAGGCUUCAAUUCCGCAUUUUCGCCCGCAUUUCGCUACCAGCUGAAGAACGAGACCUCCAUCCUGGACGUCACCGACAGCUUCGCCGUCAGCAAUGCAUUGUGCCGGCAUUUAUCCAGGGGAGACUUUGCCAUCUUUGGUGUAUCCAACGCCUCGUCAAUGGCCACCAUCCAGUCCUACACCAACACCUUCAAGGUCCCAUUCGUCACUUUCAGUAUGGCUCAGAACACCUCAUCCAACACCUCAUUUCAGAUAUACAUGCGGCCCAUCUAUGUCAACGCUCUUGUUGCUGUCAUCUCCCAUUAUGGCUGGGAUAAAGUGUAUUACAUAUAUGAUUCAGACGAAGGACUCAUACGACUUCAACAACUAUUUCAAGCUGUCAACAUGCACGAGAAGUUUCUGAGUAUAGACGCCAAGCGCAUCACGACUGGUGUCAACUGCUACGACAUGAUCAAGGAGCUGUACAAGCAGAGCGAGAAGGAGAUGCGGCGGUUUGUUUUGGAUGUACACGUGGACAAAGCCGAGCAGAUCAUACUCCGAGUAAUGCGGGACACAGACAUAAAUAAUUCAAAGUUUCACUUUUUAUUAGGUGAUUUGAGCAUGCUAGAAAUGAAUCUUACCAACUUCCGGAUAGGAGGUAUGAACAUCACUGGGUUUUCUAUGGUAAACCCCAACCGAGAAUCAGCACAGAUAUUAAUGGACAAAUGGGAGAAACUAGACCCGCAGCAGUGGCCGGGAGCAGGCACUAAAAGCAUGAGUUACGAGGCGGCGCUGGCAGUGGACGCUGUUCAGGUGUUCACGAGGGCCUUCACAAGUAUCUUAGACUCUGAUAAAACAUUUUUACACGAGGCUCUAACCUCUGGAGGAAACAAGGUCAUCAAGUGCACGGAUGAGUCUGAGGUCAAGAGUGGCUUCGGCGCGCGUAUUCUGCAGGAGAUGAAAAAGGUAGAAUUUGAAGGCGUGACAGGCACCGUGGCUUUCGACAGCACCGGCCACAGGCGGGACUUCGCACUGGACCUGUACAACGUGGCCAUGAACCGAGGAACAGCAAAAGUAGGACUCUGGAGACAGAAAACGGGAGAACUGAAAGUAGAGAAACCUCGUCUUUUCAUGAACCACGCAGAGGCAGCAAGUGUCAACAAGACACAAAGAGUGACAACCAUUCUGUCACGGCCUUAUGUCAUGUAUAAGUCCAUGGCUAACAGUGAUGGAAGGCCACCAAUAGCCAAGGAAAAUCUGGAGGGAUUUUGCAUAGACCUGGCUAAUGAAGUCUCCAGAAAACUUCACUUUGACUAUCACAUCCAGUUUGUGAACGACGGCAACUAUGGCCGUGAACUGGAUAACGGCACCUGGAAUGGAAGUGGAGAGUUGAUCCGGCAUGAAGCUGACAUGGCCAUCGCCCCGUUGACCAUCACUGCCGACCGGGAGAAGGUGAUAGACUUCACCAAGCCCUUCAUGUCGCUGGGCAUCUCCAUCAUGAUCAAGAAGCCCAUGAACCACAAAGCCCAUGUGUUCAGCUUCAUGGAUCCGUUGUCCUACGAGAUCUGGAUGUGCAUCGUCUUCGCCUACAUCGGGGUCAGUGUCGUUCUCUUCCUCGUCAGUCGCUUUAGUCCCAAUGAAUGGCACCUCUCUGGACAGCAUGAUGUCACCAACGACUUCAGCAUAUCCAACUCUCUGUGGUUUUCUUUGGGAGCCUUCAUGCAGCAGGGCUGCGAUAUUUCUCCAAGGUCAUUGUCUGGGCGAAUAGUGGGAAGUGUCUGGUGGUUCUUUACACUCAUCAUCAUCUCAUCUUACACUGCCAACCUGGCGGCCUUCCUGACAGUGGAGAGGAUGCUCACUCCCAUAGACUCUGCUGAAGACUUGGCCAAGCAGACAGAUAUUCAGUAUGGAACCAUUGCUUCCGGAAGCACUAGAUCGUUUUUCCAGAACUCCAAGGUACAGCUUUACCAAAGAAUGUGGGCGUACAUGACUUCAGCGACACCUAGUGUGUUUGUUCAAAGCGUGGAGGAAGGCAUAGAGCGAGUGCGCAAAUCAAACGGCAAGUACGCCUUCCUGCUGGAGUCCACCACCAAUGACUACAACAACCAGCGAAAGCCGUGCGAUACAAUGAUGGUGGGACAGAACCUCAACUCCAAUGGCUUCGGCAUAGCAACGCCUAUUGGGUCAGACAUGAAGAAUCAACUAAACUUUGCUGUCCUUGAACUUCGCGAAAAGGGAGUCCUAGCAGCCCUUGAGAAGGAUUGGUGGUUCAACAAAGGUGAAUGUCCUAAAGCCAGAUCGUCCAAGGAAGGAGUUCAGAGUGCGCUAACGCUGCAGAACGUGGCUGGUAUUUUCUACAUUUUAAUUGGUGGACUAGCAACAGCUUUAAUUUCUGCCGCCAUCGAAUUUUUCUACAAAUCCAAAGUUGAUUCUUCCAAGUACAAGACCACGUUUGGGUCUUCAUUGAGAUCCAAAGCGAGACUGUCUUUCCGGGGUCACUUGGACUCGUCAAGUUCUGAUCGUCAUAUGAACGGCAACAAACGAUCAAUGAACACUGUGCGUGACAAACUGUACUCGUACACAGCGCCCUCGCAGGUGGGAGUGGACUCGUACGACGACGCAAACACGCACACAGAAGUGUAACGCAGCAGGUGACUAGUCGUGACAUUCAUAAAGACAAUGUGUGUGCGUGCGUGAGUGAGUGCAAACCCAUGUCAUAGAUAUUCGCUGAUGUUCGAUCAUUCACAGACUGACUGCCGGAAUGUUGCAACUCCUGUUCAAAUGGUCUAAAACAGCAAUUUUUUUUUUUGAAUUCUCUUCUAAACAUUUUGGAUUUUUUUAAUUUAUUUGUGAAAUUUGUAGACGACACACGUGAGAUUACUGUUUGAUUUCCAUAAGAAAACCUAAUAGUUUUGAAGCCUUUGCUUUGGAACUUAUUGUUUGUGGUCACUAUUAUCAUCAGACAAUAAAAAUAUUAGUUGUGUUUGCUUGCUGUGACCUGACUGCAUGCAGCUAUACUUCACUGAACUCAUGCUGUUCUCUGUAAACCUUGCAAUUCUUCAGGAAGCUUGUUCGAAGUCUGAAGAGUAUUAAUCAAAAGGAUGUUGUUACUCUCCACUUAAUACUUUUGUCUGUCGUCAUAGUUUACCCCUCUUCGUAUAUUCUGAAAAAGUAAACUAAAAUAUUUAAAUGCUAAAUUGUAAGCAGUUAACCGCCAAAAUUUGCGUAUUAAAGACGAUUUUAGAGAUACAUUUUAUGGACUACUGUGUGUUAUCUUCUAUAGGACAUUUAAAAAAAAAUGUUUCACAUUAUUUCAACAGUUUAGUCCUAAAUGACUUAUUUUAUUUCGCUUGAUUGAUGGAAAGAGAGGUUUCAUAGAAUACUCUCAUUCACAAGAAUACCGAAGAGAACAGCAGUGACUUCUUUGUUUAAUACCUUCGUCAAGCUGAAUUAAAAAUUUGGAGACAUUUUCUGACUCUGAGUACAUAUCUCAAGAGCAGUUUGUGACAUUUAUCUCAGUUUUGUUGUGGAGUAUGUUACCUUACCCUAUCAGAAGAAAGUAAAACUGGAAAUAAAUGUUAGAUGGUGCCUGACUCCGUGUUCCUACAGUGAGUUUUGUGAAUGUCAUUUAGCAGACAGUAUUUCCACAGUGUAACAUUCAGUCAAAACAAAUCGUGCUGGAGAUGUACUUUGUGUGUAUUGUGCAUUGCUUGUAUGUACUGUGUAUGUGUGCGUGUGUGCAUGCAUGUCUGUAGACGAGUGUUGAUGCUAGGAUGUGUUAGUAGCCACAAGUGUAGGCCUUCGUCUUUGCUCCAGUCCAGCAGAGAUCAUGCAGGCUCUCAUCAUAAGAUCGUCGGGGAAUGUGAUCAGUUCUCUUGCCUAACCCAUGGGGUUCCAUUCCAAGGUGUGAGAGAAUAUGUCACAUCUUACAGAACUUUUUCAGUUUUUUUCUUCCAUCAUUUGUAAACUAAGCAUCACUGCCUCGUGGGUGCUGCUGCAAAUGCUGCUUUGCUGCUGAUGAUACAGAGAAGGACGGGAGGAGGAGGUGGUGAUGGUGGUGAUGGUGGUCGUGGUGAUGAUGGUGGUGAUGGCGGUAAUGGUGGUGGUGUACAAGCUGUUUAAGUACAAUUCUUUAUCCAGCAUAUCUCACAUGAUGGCCACAGACGGAGCCAUUUCUCUGCUGGAGACCUCAGUCAGUGCAGCAAUCAAUCUGCUAUCACGCGCAAUUAUUUGUUUUUAUUGUUACGUUGACACGAGAUCGAUGUGAGGUCAACGGGUUUAAUCUCCAUUAUCAAUAUUCACUUGAUUUUGUGGAACCUGUGUUGCUGUUAUGUGAUCAGAUUUGUACAUUGUUGAAUACUUGUGCAUGUCAGGUUUUUAGUGUAAUAAACAUUCGUUUUAUAGAUACAUAUUACAUGAUAAUACUUUUUAUUGAAAUUAUUGGUUUUUCUUUUGCUAUUUGUGCUUUAAUUUUAACAGAAAUAAGUAAGUCCUUUCUCCUUUUUGAAGCCGUACAGGUGUUGGAAAUAGCAGUUAAAAGUGACUGGCUGACAUUCAGUAGCUGAUCACAAAGUAAGAAAUGUGCUCACAAGCUAAAUGUUGUAUGUGUGCUGAAAUCCAAAUGAACUCACAACCCCCCGUGGUUAUUCUUUUGCAUGUCUCUAGGGAAAACUGUUAGGUACUAGCUAUACAGAUGUAUAUAUAGAUUUUUAUGUUAUUAGCAAGAAAAACUAGAAAAGAAAACCUCUAGUAGUGUCUUGUAGUAUAUGAUUGUCUGAAGGACUUGGGAUGUGGUGGGUUAUGUACCUCGUUAAGAUUUGGGCUGGGGUUAUCGUGUGAACCGUCAGCAAAUAAAUUGCAGUUUAAACCUUCAAUAUUCGUUCAUAGAGCAACGGUUGCAGUUCACUAACCUUUCGAAGCGAUCAAUCGCAAGCUAACAGCUUUUUCACUUUUGAAAUAGGGACAUUUAUGAGAGGGCAAUUCCGAAUGGUAUUCAUUGACAACUGCUGUUUUGAAUGGUAAUCAUCUAUGACAUGAUAUAAUUUCUGUUCGUUUUGCUUGGUUUCGACUCCCAGACCAUAGCUAGGAACACGGCUGUCAAGUCUUAGUUCACGUCGUCGUUACGUUCACCUAACGUCGUUAGGCGGGUGUGUGCACGGAGCCAAGGUAAGUAACCUGAUGGACUGGCUUCCUCCAGACUACCCUGGGGGAAUGUACUACCCAAUGUUUCCAUGCUCAAGCUUUGAUUGGGAAUUCAACCUCUUGCUGUGUGCACCUUGAAUGACACUGUCUCUGUCGUUUCUUCAGAUUUAGUAGGAAACAUUUCAUACGGGUGGAACUUUAAACUUGUAUAUUGAAGUUUAGGAUUCGGGCAAGGUAUGUUUAGUUUGCUAAUGGAAUUUAGAAUAACCCACACUUCAACCAACAAUUUGAGUCCAAACUAUUUUCAUAUUUCACAGCAGCUUGGGAAAUCUACACACAUUUGUUUUUUACCCUUUGUCUCUCACUUUGAUAACUUUUAUUAUGUAAUAUAUCUAAGUUAUUAUUAUAUUGCUUACUUUUUCUCUCAUAUAGUGCUAUUAAUAACUUAUACUUGUCUCCCUUUUAUUAGAAGUAAUCAGUGCAGUUUUCUUACAUCAGUAUGAAGAUUUUCUUCUCUAAGCAAAACGUUUUUGAUUACCUUCUAUAAAGUUAUUCUUAGAAUCGAAUGCUUUUCUUAGAUGAAUCCCAUUGUCUUCUAACUAGACUAAAAUUUUCUGUUUGCAAUAUCUAGGAAAAACUCUCUUUGCAGGUUUAAGACAUCGAAAUCAAUUUCGAAAAUGCACUGUUCUUUGGCACACAAGUUUGGUUAAAAGCUUCAUUUUUAUUUUUAAAGUAUCAUUUCGCAAGCAGUACACCUUUUAAUUGAACAUGUCAAGAUUAAAAUAAUAAAAAGUUAUUAUUUUCACACAAAAAGUAGAAUAUUUGGAAAAAAAAUUUACUAAGGUCUAAACAUCGGAUGUUUAUGGCUCCCUAGGACUACUAAAUGUUAUUGUCGAUUAUAUCUGACAUCGACCACCAAUGCAUUUGCGUUUCCAUGCUUACAGAAAUUCGCGGUUUUCAUUGUCAUUUGAUGCCAUCUCUAGCUAUUUCAUUUUGACAUUUAUAUUCUUGAUUUAAAAUGAAUAUAAAAUGCUCAUCUUUGUGUGAAAAAGACAUUUCUGAUUUCGUUUUUGUACCGUCGUUUAACAUACAAGAGUUUUGGAAAAAAAGCGCACUAAAACCAUCCUUUUAUGCCAAAAUUAAGUCUGAUGAAUGAUACAGUGGAAUAUGACAAUGAAUGUGUCAGCUGUUACGUGUAACGUGUAACUUCAAGGUAAUGUCAGCCUCUGUGGUCUGUAACACUGCGAUGAUUGUGACCCCACAGGUCAACGUAUCAACAAGAAGCUAGCAGUUAAUUUCUUUGAGGUUGCAAGGUACAUCCACGUUAGCAGCUGUCUCAAUAUUUCAGUCACAUUUCCUCAUUGUUGACCUCGAACUCUUGCUUACAGUUCUGAAUUGUUCAUGUCAAAAUAUGUGAUGUGGCGAAGACCAUAUUUUCAUGUUAAAGAAUUGUGUGUGAUCGUCUUUAAUGGAAGUUUCACAAAUUAAAAACAUUACUUGAGUAAUAA